AUGGAUUCAAACGUGGAAGAAUUCAUCAAUGGAUUGUUCAGUGAAGAGGCGUAUGAGCAGCCUUCCUAUGACCAAAAAGUUGAUGAUUUGGAAAUGAAACUACCCGAAUGGUUCGAUGAAAAAAAAUAUAACCAGGGCAGGCGUUUCUAUGCAGACUUCUCUUUCAUGCUUUCAGCAUCUAUGGUAGCCGGUCUGGUCGCUGUUUUCUCAAUUAAAACGAUACUAGACGUUCUGGUCUCUACUCGACAUUCCAACUCUGUCUACACCGCAUACAGGAUAUAUUUUUCAACAUAUAUACAUAUAAAUUUAUGGAUGGAAUCUGAACUUAAGCCUGGCUCAGAAUCAUGGAAGUCACUAUAUACUGUUAGAAAGCGGCACUUAGUUGCUGGUCGAACCGCUAAGCUAAAGGAAAUAGGAACAAUAUCUCAGCGAGAUAUAUCUCUCGCGUUGUUUUUUUUAUUGGAUUUUCUUUCC